AUGGCCGGCGGCGGUGGGGCCAGCGGCGGUGUAAGUGGUGGCCGGCGGCGGCAGCGGCGGCGGACCGACGAGACCGGAGAUACCCAGUCGGCCGACCCGUCAGUGAGCUCGGACGAGCUGCUGGAGAUGGACGCCGGUGCCGUGGCGGGCUCGGGCUCGCUCCGCCGCCGACGCAACAAGCAGCGGUCUCAGUGGGGCAGCGGCCGUGACGACGAGCAGCUCUUUCGCGGGACAACCGGCGACCCGCAUGCCAUGGCCGCGCAGUCGCUGGCCGCGGCCUCGCCGCUCCAUGCAGCCCAGCCGUUGGUCUCGCCGCAAUGGGGCUCACCGCGGGCAGCUCUUGCAGCGCAGGAAGCCGGCACUACCUUCCGCAACGCGGCCGCCGACGCCUACUCGCCCUACGCAGUCUUCACCGCCAACAUGGACCCUGCCCUGCUCGGCGGCGCACCCAGGGUGGUCCACGACCCCCCGCCGAUCCCACCCGACGCUCCGGCCCAUCUGUGGCAGGCCACCACUCGCCCACAUGCGUAUGCUGCGCCGGCCCCGCCUCCGCUCGAUGUCACACUCGAGGCUGCGUACCGCAGGCGUGAGGAUGAGCAAGCUGCACGCCGCCGCCGCCGCCGUAAGCGCGCCGCCGCCGAGCAGAUCGAGCGCUCCACCCAGCGGCUUGCCUCAACAGGAGAUCUGCUCUCGCCAGAGGCUUCGCGCGAGAAUUUGCACGCCGACAGCAACUCAACUGCCGAGCGUGACUUCCCGCAUGGUGGCGAGUCGACCGACUCGCUCCAUCUACGUCGCAAGUCGCGGCGGAUGUCAACGGUCUCGGCCAUCUCCGAGGCCAUUUCGCGCGAGCCGUCACAAGUCAUUGAUGGCCUCGAUGUCUCUGUCGACAUCGGUGCCGAGACCGCGCCAGCUCGCGCCACGGCGACCAAUCUCUGGUCCACACCCGACGACGAGCUGGAGCCGCAGCUCACGCCCGAUCGACCGCGUGACGACCCGCCGGCUUCUGCUGGCGAGCUGCCUGGGACUCGGAUGCCGCCACGGCUGCUGCCGCCCAUCGAUGAUGAGAGCGACCCUGGUGACGGCUGGCGCGAGCGCUCGUGCUCCGACGUCGAAGACUCGAGCGCCCACGACCUGGUCAGCGGUCGCGACUCUCCGACUCGCGCUCUGCAGCUUUGA